CGAUCACUCUCUUCUUUUCUCAUUUUCCCUUUCACUCACACACAUACACAUAAUACUUAUAUAAUUGUCCAGUCUUUGUGAAAUAAUUGCACACAAAUGCAUGCAAACUUAUAAAUGCAGUCACUCACACAUACACUGAAAUUCGCAUGUAAUUGCAGUCCCACUCUCACAUAAUCGCACACACGGAUGGGCACAGUCAUUUUUGUCAAUGGCGUCUUUUGUCUCUUUUAUCUCGGCCCCUAACAAAGCAUUCCUGUGUACACAGAGGAGAGUGAGAAGGAAGGAGGGAGAAAGAGGAAAGUGAGUAGAGACACCAGGAAAACAUUCAGCAAAAAUAAGUUUUGGUUCUGGUUUUGGAUUUGGCUCGCUGAGACAGGGCAGUACCUAAAGUUACUGUGUUGCCAUGGAGAUGGAAUACAUCCCACUGGAGAGAUGACAUCUGCCACGCCCCCUUCCUCUUGUAGCUCCUCCCCCCAGAAGGUUUGCCACUCCCAAACCCAGACAGAUGUUUUAAAGCCCUUACUGGGUGGUGGCGUAUUCGGUGGGGGCGGGACUCUGAGGAGGAGGAAGCGGGUCCUGUCCAAAGAUGGGCGUAGCAACGUACGGAUUGAGCACGUCAGUGGACGAAGCGCUCUGUACAUGCGUGACCUCUGGACAACGUUUCUGGACAUGCAGUGGCGCUACAAAUUCUUCCUGUUCACAGCCACGUUUGCAGGGACCUGGUUUGUGUUUGGCGUGCUAUGGUACCUGGUGGCGCUGGUGCACGGAGACCUGCUCGAGUUUGACCCUCCAUCCAACCACACACCCUGUGUGAUGCAGAUGCAGACUCUGACAGGGGCUUUCCUCUUCUCCCUGGAGUCACAGACAACCAUUGGCUAUGGUUUUCGCUGCAUCACAGAGGAAUGUCCAGCUGCCAUCAUCCUCCUCAUUGUGCAGCUGGUUAUCACUAUGCUGAUGGAGGUCUUCAUCACUGGUACCUUCCUGGCCAAGGUUGCUCGGCCAAAGAAGCGAGGGGAGACGGUGAAGUUUAGCCAACAUGCUGUGGUGUCGAGCCACGAAGGCCGACCUCGCCUGAUGAUCAGGGUGGCCAACAUGCGCAAAAGUCUCCUGAUUGGGUGUCAGGUGACUGGGAAACUGCUCCAGACGUCUCUGACCAAGGAAGGCGAGACCGUCCGUCUGGACCAGAGAAAUGUGCCCUUCCAAGUGGACACUUCCAGCGACAGCCCCUUCCUCAUCCUUCCCCUCACGUUCUACCAUGUCAUCGACGACACCAGCCCCCUACGAGCCUGGGCAGCCAAGGGUGGGGGCUGGACAGAUCCAGAAUCGGCUGACUUUGAGCUGCUGGUCAUCAUGAGCGCUACAGUGGAGCCGACCUCUGCGACCUGCCAGGUCCGCACCUCUUAUCUGCCAGAUGAGAUUCUCUGGGGCUAUGAGUUUCCCCCAGUGGUGUCCCUCUCCCCUUCAGGUAAAUAUGUAGCGGACUUUGCCUUUUUUGACAAAGUGGCCAAGACCAAGACCACACCUGUCUUCAAACCAUCCAGCCCUCUGCAGGGGUACCAGAGCAACAGGGGUGGGACUGUGUAUGAGGUGUCCGAUCCAGAGAAGAUUCGCCUGGAGCAGAGCUACAGGGAGCGGGAAGAGGACCGUGGCCCUGUCAGAGACAGUCCUCUGAGCAUUCGUAUCAGCAACGUGUGAACAGACUGGUUGAGGGAACAUUUCACAGAGGGCGACACACAGGAGACUGCCAAGUUCAGUGUCUGUAGCAAGUCACUGACAAAUCAUAGGAAAAUUGUUUUUGACACUGUUUUGAACUGAAGUCAGAAAGAUAUUAGUGUCUCAGUAGCACCAGACGAUGCAAAAAGCAAACAUUAAGAAUGUGGUCAGCUUGUUUAGUAGGUACAAGUUUUACACAGGCUUGACUGUAUUCAUACGACGGCAUAACAGCCUACUGCAGCUAAUAUUUAUAUUUGUGUGUGGUGAAUGCACAUUCACCUCACAUACUAAUGUAUACCCUCUAAUAAUAAAGUGAGUAGCCGUCACAUUAUCUACUGUAACUAAAACAGAAAACAUAACAAAACAAGCACCAGAGAGGACGGAAACUUGGGCUUGUCUGGGUUCUCCCCAGAUCACUAAAUGUCAAAUCAUUAUUUGGGGGUAUUACUGUGACAAGGUGAGCAGGAGACCACUGCAAACACCUUGGUAUAAAAUGACAGAACCUUUCCUACAUCUUGUAACAAACAGUAUUUGUGGUUUGUUCACACAUUUAUUUAGAAAGCUCUUCUGCCAUAGUUUGCUUCUAUUAUAGUAAAAAACACCAGUGAGUAACGGUAAGCAUUGCCUUUCGACAGCUCACAAACCUCCCACCCUCAACUUCCUCUCAACGCCCUCAUGAUAUAUUUUUGUUUCCGGCUAAAACAGACCUACAUUCUGAAUUUAAAGACACAGACAUGUGGUUGUACAAAGUCGUGUACUAAUAACAAAGCAGAUGCAAUUCAAUUACAACAACCAGAAUGUUGUUCAAGGUGCUCUGUGAACUGGAUCUUUUGGCAGUUUGUUCUUUUAUGUAUGACAGUUGAUGCUGUUUGUAAACACCACAGCCUUCAACAGAAGGUUUGCACUUUAUGUACAUUUGCACCUUGGGAAGGUUUUCUGCCUACUGUACUGUAUGUUUGGAACCUUAUCUUAGGAAGGUGGUUUUAACAGUGUAAAGAACUUGCAUGUCGAAUAUCACUGAAUUUGAAGAACUUCCCUCUGAUGCUAAUAUUAAAUUGUUUGUCUCAGUGGCUUCAAGCAAACUGACAAAUGAGAUGUUAUCAGAAACAGCCGCUGUGUAUGCACAUACGUAAAUGUAAAAUGGCUUCUGUACAUUCAUGAGAUUUUCAGGUUACUAACAUUAACAGACAUUUUGUCAAAGCCUCUUUAUUUUUCAUUAUAUAUGACUAAGAUGUGAAGAGGGCAUUUAAGAUGAUUACACCAGAGGUGAGUGCUGAGACAAACGAACCCAGGAUGGUGGAAAGUGUAUUUGUAACAUGUCCUUAAUUAACAUCAAGCUCUGGAAUCUUA